GGAGCGGCGCUACUUUCACGUCCUCCCGCGGGAGCUACGCGCCGCCCCCAGCUGGUGCCGCGCCACUCUCCCCGCCACGCCCGCACCGCCCGCACGUCACCCGCCCACGCCCGGUGAAAAAAGACAAGCCUAAACCAUGUCUGAGGAUGAUUCAAGAGGCGAGGAGGAGGUGAAGGAGGAGGAGGAGGCCGAGACGGACUCUGGGGCAAAGACUGAGGAGGAGGCAGCAUCUGGGGAGGGAGAAGGGGAGGGGGAGGACAAGGAGGAGGAGCAGCCCCCGCCUAAGAAGAGGGGGAGGAAGGCAGGAACAGGUGCUUCCCCUGCAGCUAAAAAACCCAAGAAGGAAAAAGGGGCCGAGGGAGCCACACCCAAGAAGAAGCGCAAGGCAGUGAAGAAGCUACACCCCAAGACGAUAGACAUGGUGGUGGAGGCCAUCGACAACCUGGCGGAGAAACGCGGCUCCUCGGUCCAGGCCAUCAAGGCGUACAUCCUUCAGAACUUCAAGACGGUGUCCACGGGAAAGAUUAAGUCCAUGCUGCGCCGCUCCCUCUCCAUGGGCCUCCAGCAGAGCAUCCUGUCGCGACCCAAGGGCCAGGCCGAAACGCAGGCGAUGAGUGGGCGUUACCUGCUUGGGAAGGCCGCAAAGAUGGAGGAUGAGGACGAGGUGAUGCCCAAGCAGUCCAAGCGUGCGCAGGAAGCCAAGAAGUCCGCCACGCUGAAGAAGAAGAAGAAGGGCGGAAGGAAGCCCAAGAAGUCGUCGCCCAAGAAGCCCGUCGCCCGCAAGGUGUCCACGCCCAAGGUCGGCCGUCCUGCAAAGAAGACCAAGCGCGGCAGAAAAUGAAGGGUGGCGAGGGCUGGGGCUUAGGGUCUAGGGAUGAGAUGGGAGAUAUUAUAGUUAGAGAGAAGUAUUUUAUUUGAAUGUUUUUAUAUUUUUAUUGACGUUUCAUAUUCCAGCUCAUUAUACGUAUCAUCUCCCAUUAUCCUGCAGCUUCGCAGUGCAUCUCAUUAGGUCUCACUAUGGGCACACACACACACACACACACACACCUCAUCUUCACUGUUCACUUCUCAAUAUUAGUGUUGUAGUUUGUCACCUGAUGGCCACCACAACAUACUCUGGGUCUUGAGGUAAUCAGUGUUUAGCUAGUCAUGGUUUUCAAGAAGCAGCUAAUAAGGCAAGAAUGAACUGUGGAGAUGAGGCUGUACAUUAGUUAGGUGGAAGUCCUAUUCAGAAACACCAGCAUCAUGUGCUUUAUUGCUGUAGCUUUCAGUUGUGAUAUAGUCAAAUUCAUAUUCAUAAGGUUCUUUUACAGAAUAAAACUUUUGUUAUACAA